AUAUUCAACUAAAUGUCAAAUAAAAAAAAGUAAGCUAAAAAUCUAUUCUGUACAGUUCUCUUUUUAACUUUCGGCUCAAUUCUCUCUUCAGGUGAAUUUUGUUGUGUUAGGAGUGGUUCUGGAGAGGUUGACAAGAACAAGAAUGUUUCAAAGCAAAAGUGAAUUGCAAAAAAUACGGUGUGUAUGUCCGCUCGCUUAAGCCUGCAUGCACGCCAAUCCUGCUUUUAUGGACUUCCGGAACAGAAUGGGGUCUUAUGUGCCCGCCACGUAUUACUAUAGAGUGUUUUCACAUGACGUCACGGCGGCCAUAUUGGUGUCCCAAAACAAUGAAACGGCGGCCAUGUUGGUGUCCCGAACAAAUCCUCUGGGAGUUGAACUCUUUUCUUAUGCAAACGUUUUCUUUUGUUCCAAUAAAUUUGCAUAAAUGCUGGCCACGUGAGUGAAAACACUCUAUACGCAUGCAUAGGCAUCAGUCAACAACCUCGUUCCCAGGGUCCUCUCCUACUUGGCCCCCGGAGCGAGAGAGAGAGGCCGAGAAGGAGAGGACCCUGGGAACGAGGGAGAUCAAUUAAAGCCCAGAAGGCUGAUGUCAUUCUGAUGUAAUGUAACAUCAUAACAGCAAACCUUAUUCCAUAUAGUUGGCGGGAACAGUGUAACCAAGCAAUUCCGGUACACUUAAUAAAUGUUUUCCAACACUAUGGCUGUCAUUAUUAGUAUUGAAUUGCCACCUGAUAAUUAUAACCCUUCAUCUUGGUUCCGCUACGUUGAAUUUCUUUACUUCAAGCAUUUUUAAAACGAAUUACGUUUACUGCAAAAACUAGGCCGCUUAACACCAGGCGCCUACUCAGUAUUGACGAUCGCAAAUAAAUUUAAUAAGCGUUAACAGAAGAAAGCUCAUGAGAGACUUAACUCAAUCUACGGUUUUUCUACUGUAAGAAGAAAAAGUAUAAAUGACAUUUUAACAACUUCAGCUAAGCCGUUUAAAGUUUGAAAAACGUAGUUGUCAAAGAAACGUUUUCAUGGAAAUGAACCUUACUUUUUAAUCUUUCUCUUAUACUUCAGCACGACGGUGCGAGCCUCCAUGACACUAACACCACUGCUUGGACUGACCUGGUUGUUUGGAAUAUUCGCUGUUGAUCAGGACACAAUCGUGUUUCAAUACCUUUUUGUUGCAUUUAACUCAUUGCAGGUAAGUUACCUCAGUUAAUGCCCUUCUAUGGCGUUAGAGCUAACAGACGUAAGCCCAAAUUUAACCCUGUGCGAGAAAGAUUCCUCAUUUCUUGUAUUUGUCUCGUACUAUCAGCGCUGUCGUCGUAUUUCAGUAUAAAAGCCGCGAGUCCAGCCGUCACCGAGCAAUACUGAGUUAGAUGAAUGAGUUAUUGGCCGGGCCUAGAUUUUUUAAAAAGAAAUUGGGAAAGUAAAUGAAAUGUUAAGCUUUAUAAAAAAUGUGGUGUCAAAGUGUAUUCACGGCCUAAGUCAGCCAGAAAUUCACGACGAAAAGUUGAAAAGGCUGACGGCUGUUUCUAAACCGUGGUCAUUUUUUUUUCUUUUUUUACUAGGGAGUGUUCCUCUUCCUGUUUCACUGUAUCUUCAGCACUGAGGUAUCUUCACCUUUCUUUGUUUUAUUCAUCGAACUGAUCAACGUCAUAAAAAUUUAGUGGGAAUCUAUCUUUUGGAAAUAAAACCGUAAAACGAGACUAAACCGAAGCCUAUUCGCUACUUUACGAAGCCUAUUCGCCACUUUGCAAAGCUUAUUCGCCACUUAAGAAACGAGAAGGAAACUGGGCCUAGUGCGCUUUCCUACUGAACAAAGACUUCUGGAACUGUUAUUGAGGACAUGGAAGAAAAUUUGGCCAAUAGCUGAUCGGCGCGUGCCCAGUAACCAUCCCAGAAACAAUUGCAGGAAACAUUUCAGCUGCAGUCGCGUUCUCGUUUCUGUGGCGUCUAGGAACAAAGGGAAUAAUUCCUUUACUAUUUCAAAAGGACAUUUUUGAAUCAACCCUUUAACUUCACCUCUUCACUUAAACGAAGGCACCAGGGGAAGUAGCUUUCAGCAGAAUAGGUUACAAAGUUAUUGUCGAAAAUUUUGAGAAACUUUAUUUGGGUGGGGCCCUCAUGGUAGCACUUUCAAGUGACAAGGACAGGUAUGAAAGAAGCUGGAGGCGAUUCGACGGGACAAGUGAGCGAAAAGAAUUGAAUUUAAACCGAAAUUGCUUUCUUUUUGUUUAAAGCCUUCGCGGCUUUUGGUGUGAUUUGAUCUCAGUGUUUUCCCUGUUUUUUAGGUCAAGGCUGGUGUCAGGAGCUUCAGACGAAGGAGAAGAGUAACGCAGGAAGUGAAGAAAGUAGCGAGCAAGGGUCAGGUCGAAGAACAACAUAAAGUAAUCACGAAUAUGAAUUUUCUACAUAACUAAUAACCUAUUUCAUCCCUUAUUUUGUGAGACUGACGUAAUGAUAAACCAGUCAGUAGUCUGAAAACAAAAGCAUCACCUCAUAUUUUGAUCAUUCAACUUUAGAAGGGCUUCUACCGAAUCACUGAGCACGAUGUCUUGACGACUCAGCUUAGGAAGCCGACGGCCUGUGAGUUGGUCGUUUGUCAGUUCCCGUGUAAAUAUGAAGGGGAUGAGAUUAACAAAUCACUUGCGAGGUGGACAUUUACAGGCUGCAGUGACAUUGUCAUAAAAAAGAAUGAAAAACUACAAGGGGAAAAGGGGGAUUAAUAAAACGCCGUGUAAACUCCAGAAUACUUCUCAGAUUUUACUGAUUCCCUUUGCUAUAAUGGCGGACACUAACUUUUUCUUCCCAUGAUAUAAAUAUGCGUUCAAUAUUUUAAUGUUUAACGUGUUGAUGAAAUGAUGUUCUGCCCGGGAUAAUUGAUGGUAAAAACUCAACUUGGAAACCUUUGAAUAGAAGUUUAAAUCCUAUUUAAUCUUAUAAACAAACAAAUAAACAACUUAAAACCAUCUAUAUAUUUGUGGGUCCCCUGUGUAUGUUGUUUUCACGGUGCGUGACCGCCAAGAUAGGAAUGCUGUCUCGUUGAAAAAAGUCUCUCCUCUUGAUUUUCAGCAGUAUAACCAUUUCAAGUAUUGGAAUAUACGUGUAUGUGCAUAUAUGCUAGUUCUCGAGUGAAAAGAAAGAGCUUUUAUAGAAAAAAUGAACUCCAGAUGUUUUCUUAGAUUUCCGGCGGCCAUAUUGGUGCACCAAAACUGUACACCAAUAUGGCGUCUCCAUAAAAAGCUCUACCAAGGUGGGUGAUACGUUUCGGCACAUAAUUCAGAAACUGUGGGCCACAAAGACCUGAGACUUGGGAAAUUGUUUACGUAUUAGUCUUUUAUAACAUUUCAUUUUCUUGGCUUUUUCCACCGGACAGUUUCCAAUUUAUUUUUUUGUUGCGUGAGAGUGAAAACGAUCUAUACUACUGACUUCCAAUGUAUUUAUUAUUAUGUUUCACAGAUUUACUCAAAGACGGCAUGGCCGUUUAUCGAGCUCAAUGAACGGAUUGAGGUGAUUCAGGCGGCGAGUUUGACCAGAAUUGUCCGGCGAUUAUCUGAAGACCUGCAGGACAUCAACGUUGGAAAUAAAGACUGCAAGCCAAGCAACGAGUCUACAUCUUACGCUUGGGCAAAGAAAUGGCUGAACUCGCCUCAACAAAAUAUCACAAUCACUUACGGCUGCAAGAGAAAGCCCAAGGACUGUUUCAGGCGCAGGUCACUGCCAUGAAAAAUUUGUCGUUGUUCUAAGCUCAUUCACCUCGACGUUGCUGGGAGAUACAGUUUUGUAAUUAUGCCCAAACAUUGGUGAAGUUGGGGAGCACUAGCUUGUUAUAUUUUAUAUAUAUAUUAGGCCUUUUAGAUUUACAGCCGACGAGGAAGACAAAGUAUUGAAUUACUUAGUGAGAUGGAUCUUUGAAGUGUACUUUCAGUUUUGGACCCGGACUCGGUAACAGAAACGAGUCCUGAAACCUUGGUUGAAGGAUUUAAGUGAUGACAGGAUGCAUUUUCCCAAGACCUUGAAUGAUUGUGCCUAUACCUAAAACCGGAAAUAUUAAUCGAAAAAUGGCAACCACGUGCACAAUAAGUCGUUCUUGGCUUACAGGGACAAACAGUA